GGAUGUGGGUGGGGCGUGUGACGUCGGGUCGCUUGGUCCGGAAACAGCGGCGGCUAAGGAGGCUACCGAGCGGAGGGGCCUUCGUUGGUGGGCCAGCGCCAGGUAUCCGAAAGAGGGGGCGUGACCCGGAAGCGGAAGCAGGCCCGCGUGUCAGUCCCGCUAGGCUUGCCAUCUGUCCCACGCCUGCCAGGGAACUCCUACCAUCAUGGACCUCUUGUUUGGACGCCGGAAGACACCAGAGGAGCUCCUGCGACAGAACCAGCGGGCCCUAAACCGAGCCAUGAGGGAGCUGGACCGGGAGCGACAGAAGCUGGAGACCCAGGAGAAGAAAAUCAUUGCAGACAUCAAAAAGAUGGCCAAGCAAGGCCAAAUGGACGCUGUCCGCAUUAUGGCGAAAGAUCUGGUACGCACCCGACGCUAUGUACGCAAGUUUGUGUUGAUGCGGGCCAACAUUCAGGCUGUGUCCCUCAAGAUACAGACUCUGAAAUCCAACAACUCGAUGGCACAAGCUAUGAAGGGUGUCACCAAGGCCAUGGGCACCAUGAACAGACAGUUGAAACUGCCCCAGAUCCAGAAGAUCAUGAUGGAGUUUGAACGGCAGGCAGAGAUUAUGGACAUGAAGGAAGAGAUGAUGAAUGAUGCCAUUGAUGAUGCCAUGGGUGACGAGGAAGAUGAAGAAGAGAGUGAUGCUGUUGUAUCCCAAGUCCUGGAUGAGCUGGGACUGAGCCUAACAGAUGAGCUAUCAAACCUUCCUUCCACUGGAGGCUCACUCAGUGUGGCUGCUGGUGGGAAAAAAGCAGAGGCCACAGCUUCUGCACUGGCUGACGCUGAUGCAGACUUGGAGGAAAGACUCAAGAACCUGCGAAGGGACUGACUGCUCCCCUGCCCAGCAGCAGUGGAUGACAAGGAUCUUUCUCCUGUUCCCCCUGUAAUAAAGAAAUUUAGACCCCAA